AGCGGGCGAGCAGGCGCGACCAUCCGUCUGAAUAACAUGGCGUCCUCUGCAUAACAGCGGUGUGCCUUCGCGUGGAAGCGCGCUACAGAGGGGGAAUUUUCCAGCGGUGUGCCUCUCGGUGACCCGGUCGCGUUCUUAAUGCAACCACGAUGAUUGAGCUGAGACGCGUCGAGGGGCCGAUCGCAGUGGUGUUUGCAGGAGUUGUCCUCUGUGCCUGCCUUGUUCAAGCCAUCGACUACGAGGAAACUGUUGUUUGGCAGCCGGACCCCCAGCACAAGUAUGUCGCGCUGCGGGAGGUCAAGCCACGAGUUCAGAGUCGAGCCGACGAGUCCCUAAGCCCUGAACUUAAGGAGGAGUCAGAGCAAAACGAGACAGCAUCGGCAGGUGGAAGGGCUCCCCCUUCGGACUCUCAGAAAGCGGAACCUCCUGCUAACGGGCCGGCAGCUGCUGGCGGUGCGGCGCCCGCUGCCGGAGCCCCGCUCGUGCCUCCGAAGGCGCCGAUCCCGGAGUUCUCGUUCGGCGUCUGGAACGCCACCGAUGGCACGGUCUGCAUACUGGCCAAGUUCCAGGUCUUCUUCACCAUCACCUACGCCGGCAGAGGAGGACUGCAGACGGUAACCCUGAAAAUGCCCGAAAGCGCCAAAGCCAAAGGAAUCUGCGCCACGGAGGACCAGGAGCCGGUUCUAGAACUCACGUGGCCAGUGUUCCGGUUCAUCCUAAUGUUCUCCAGAACUCCUCCGGUGAACGACAAAGGCAGGGGAUCAUGGAAGGUCAGCGGUAUGGAGAUUCAGUUCAACACAAACUCUCCUUUCUUCCCGGGUGCCACGAACGCCGGCAAGCGGACGGCCCGGAGUCCAGAGAAUAUGACACUUUUCGAGACACCGAUGGGCGAGUCGUACUUUUGUCCAACGCCUAAGCUGGUCACGCUGACGGACUCACGCGGAGGACGCAAAGUGGCCGUGCAGUUCAAGGACCUGCGCAUCCAGGCGUACGAGUUCCAGGGAACCUAUGGUCCAGCGCACCGAUGCAGCCAGGUGCGCAUGGCCGGCGUCCAGGACCCGUUCCCGCAGGACGAGACGGUGCCCAUCGCCGUCGGCUCCACGCUCGCCGUGGCUGCAGUCGCCGUGGUCGUCGGGUACGCCCUCUACCGAUCAGUCUUCGUGCGGCGGGUGGACUACAAUACCAUGAACUGAACGACGACGACUACUAUACAGCGCGCCUCUGUAGUACACGUGCGCUGCAGAGCUACUUACGUUGACACCACUAUGGCCGUCAUUCCUGGGUACCAAAAGCAGGCUCGGUAGCCGCACCUAGGCCCGCUAUCAUUAGCGGAAGACGCGAGCGUAACGGCGUUUGAGUGGUAACCACGUGUGGCGCCUACGUCACCGCAGAUGUACGAUAACGAGUGCAGCACUAAGCACGCCGCUCAGCCGCGCCCGGUGCGCGAGUGGCGCGGCUCAGCGCCUGUGAAAGUUGUCAGGUGGUGGAGGCGGUAGCUAUAACAGUUCAUCAGUAGCGGCGUACUAAGACUCCCUAAUAGUAUAACGCUUCAAGACAUCGUGAUCACGACGUCCUUUGUGCGUUUGCAGUAUACGCUACUGCAACGCAGAAUUCCUGGCCACGUGCGCAUACGUUGGAGCGGGUGCGCAGAUGAAACCUUGAGGCACUAAUUGCCGCUACGCUAAAUCUUUAUCAGCUCUUCGGGCUGGUCGAUCAGCGACGAUAAGAACAUAUGCGAGCACGCGCAGCUGUCCGGAAGCGUGCAAUGUCCGGAAGCGUGCGCAGCUGUCCGGAAGCGUGCAAUGUGGUCUCCAAGCGGCAUCGUGCUGUUUUAUAACGUUCUGCACAUGCCGUUUUGAACGCUGCACGAAACUGCAAAGCAAGCACUCGCAUAUUCUUGUGGAGAUGAAACAGUAAGAGACGGCACAUAUGGGAAAACUGACUGCACUGUCUGUAAUGACAUUCCUAGAUGCAUUCAGGGAAAAAAAGAGUCGGGAGCUAUAAGAUCGAACUUAACGAUUCACGCGAUUUACCUUCAUGCAGGAGCAUAUUAAGACAACUAAAGAAUCGGUUCAAGCUUCACACACACGCACACAAAGCCAUAUGACGACAUGCAAACUGGCAAAGAAGGUCUAUGUAAUCCAUGUCUUGCCUUAGCGUCAUAUUUUACUUAACUUGAUUUGAAAACUGCAUUCAUAUUGUAUGCAUCGCUGUUAGGCAUUCUUUCGCUACAAAUGACUGCUACUUCCAGCUAGAAGAAUAAUUAAAAAAACAGAUUAGUUAAAUUGUGAAAAAUGUGGGCAGUGUUUGGAAGCCUUGCACAAGACUUCGGGCAAAUGCAAUUUACCGUGUUAACAGAAAUGCCUCCGCAGUUUCCGCAAUGUACCAAUACAAGCAAAGACGAAAUGAAACAACUUAAAUACACUAAUGAAAAUUGCAAGCACUACAUUUUGGAAACGCUGGGUUUCUCUGGUCUCUCCAGAUGUAUUACAAUCGUGGCAGGCCUUUCCCCUAACUUCCCUGCAGCCCUGGGACAGCUCAAGGCCAGAAAGUCAUCCUGCAAUAUUGCGCUGUGUUGCACCCUAUUGCUGUCACAUGACUGAUAUAUAGUAGGACAUAAAAAAAAAAAAACAUAUAGCCCCUUUCAGCAAAUCAAAACUCUAAUGAUAUUACUCACAGGACCGGUCAGAGGACUGGUGUUAGUAGCGAAACACUAUUUGUUAAGGGUGAGUUAAAGGGGAAAGCUGAGAUUGUACAGUGCUGUCACAAAAUGUGGGCAUGUAAACACAGCUGAAACAUCGAGAAAGCAAAGGAAGAAGAUUCAGUGUGUUUGUGUGUGUGUGUGGCAAGGAAAACAUGGUCUUCACGCUUGAAGGAAAUGAUCAGAUCGUAACACAUUAACCUGCAGCUGCCAACCAUAUUGCUCCAGCAAAACGAUAUGUCAAGGUACAGGUUUGCCCAGGAAAAAAGCAAAAGCUCUGCUUACAGCCAUGCAUGCUCAGCUGUAAGUGCAUCAAGCGAGAUCAGUGCUUUUUCAUAAAGCUAAUGAAAGCUUCAGUAACACACACACACACGCACACACACACGCACGCACACACACACGCACGCACGCACACACAUACACAAAUUGGAGGACGCUUAAGCUUUGCGUUUAAGAGUGGAAUGCGAUAGCAUUCAAUGAUCCCCCGAGUGUUUCUCACGCUUCCCGGCAACUGCAGCUUAUGUAAUCGUAAUGUUUACCGGGAAACCAGGGUGUCUACCACGUUGACGUUUCCAAUUUCCCUGAGUUUUUCAGGUUUUCCCUGAGUGCCUUUCCAAAAUUCCCUGAGCGACACAGAACAUUGUUUUAUUUCAACAUGGGCUGACACAAUGUUGCCCGAUGCUGUCACUAGUAAGUACGUUAAAAAAUAAAAAAGAACGACUUUAUCCAAUUUGAUUAGUAAGGAGUACUGUUCACCUUAUUCAAAAGGAAAGGAGAAGGGAGGGGUUAGUAAAAUACGCAGCAAAUCAAUUAUCUUCGAAAUAAAAUGGUAAAGCGCAUUGCAAAUAGAGCCAAACAUUUUCAAAUACGAAUAAAAAGAAAUGCAUACAGAGCAUACAGAAGCAAAUAUUUUCGAAUAUGAGCUCUCUUUAUCAACUGAUUGCAAGCUCAUUGGUUAUGAGUCCCGAACUUUGUCACAAGUAACAUUCUCUCUCAGCAGCUGGAAAGUCAACCUCAACUGUCCUGACAUACUCUUAGCCCGCACACAACGACUCAGUGUUGCAUUUCACUGCUUUAAAUAGUUUGGUUUGGAUGAGGGACAACUGCAUCCCGACGUCAGCCAAAACAUUUUUUUGAGCUCAAACUCCUUCAAAGAAGCGGCGGCACACUUCCUUUCCUGUUAAUUCCCCAAUGCGCCAGUUCUAUCUGUUCUCGUCCUCCUUCCGCUGCGCGUUUACCCCACGGAACAUUUGAAGCACCCUCUUGGUCAGUUGUACAGUCAACAUCCGAUUUCUCGGGCUCCCUAUGGGUCGCGAAAACGUCCAAAAAAUCGAGCAGUUCGAAAAAAUUAAUAAAUGUCUUUUACUGCCCUUAAGGUCUCAAAUAGCCGCAUGCACAUCCGAAAAGCUUUGAAGGCACUCGGUGCUCGUACUGGGAUAGGAGAUGGCGGGUGCACGCAUGUAUAGUCAAGGAAUACAGCUGAAACUUGAUUUAACGACGUAAUAACACCCUCUAAUUAUUUCCUUAAAUCGGGAAGUUUGUAAAAUCGAGAAAAUAAUUUUUGUAACGUAGCGACACGCAAAACUUACCACGUCAUUGUAUUUGCCGCUCAUCCAGCAAUCUGUUGCAUAAACCAUGAAAUAACGAAAGCAAGCACCGCCGCCCCUACCCAGGCGGUGUCGAGUGCGCAGUGUGCAGCCUCGUCGAAACAAAGUUAGGGACACGACUUUAGAGCGCAAGCUCGAAGAAAAACCCGUCUGCGUAAUAAUUAGAAAGAAAUCAGCGCUUUUUUUACUAAUUUAUUUCAGGAAGAACUUUGUUAAAUCUAGUUCGGCCAAAUUAGUUCCGUUAAUUCGGGUUGACGACAACAUUGAACCUUAUGGGUACCUGCCAGGGAAAGGAAAUUUCUUCGUUAGAUCGGAAACCUUGUAAAAUCGGGUUUCGUUAGAUGGAGUUUUUAACUGUCCAUACUAGAUCCAGUGACAAUUGCCCCUUCCCAUACUUGAGUUCCACCGCAAUACUUAGCCUAUGCUUCACCGCGCAACAUGGCUGAAUUGAGGCGAAGCUUACUUUCCAAAACCAGCAUAAUUCAAAGUGUCGAUCGUGCUUCAUGAGCUUCGAAACCAAUAGCGAAGAUUCAUCAUCAUCAGCCUGCCUACGCCCACUGCAAGGCAAAGGCCUCUCCCAUACUUCUCCACUACCCCGGUCAUGUGCUAAUUGUGGCCAUCUUGUCCCUGCAAACUUCUUAAUCUCCUCCGCCCACCUAACUUUUGCCGCCCCCUGCUACGCUUCCCAUGGAAUUCAGUCCGUAACCCUUAAUCGCCAUUGGUUACCUUCUCUCCUCAUUACAUGCCCUGCCCAUUUCUUUUUCUUGAUUUCGACUAAGGUGUCAUGAAAUCGCGUUUAUUCCCUCACCCAAUCUGCUCUCUUCUUUAGCGUUACACCCAUCAUUCUUACCCUUUUGGUAAGCCUCCAGGUUUCUGCCCCGUAGGUGAGUACUGGUAAGACACAGGUGUUACACACUUUUAUAGAGAAGAUGACAAAGGCUGAAUCCGCGCCAUUGCUGACAGCGACAGCAGCGAACGUCGAAGUAGCUAGGCCUAGCGUUGCUGCAGCAGUGGCUACGGCUGCCAACGGAUCUCGUGCGAGAGCGCCGGUUCGAGGCGGCGAGAUAUCAACGUGGCAGCGGUGGUGGCUUUGCUUAAUACCGUUUCGCACCUGCGGUCACGGCAAACAGGAAAAUCGGACGGCGAACGGUUCUUGCGUCCGAAACUUCAUACGCGCUUCUGCAGCGACUCUAUGGGGCACGUAGUGGUGCCGCGAAGCCGUCCGAAUUAUCGUACAUGUCCCGAAAAUCGGGCGUCCGGAAAAUCGGUUGCCGACUGUACACUGGAAACUCCUUCAGCCGACGACACGUCGUCAAUGACGAUUCGUUACGAUAAUUUUCUGGUACUCGAGCCAGCAUUAGCGCGACUUUCGCUCCAUUUCAAUAAAAUUACAGCUAAUUUUCCCUGACAGAAGCACAAAUUUCCAGACUAUUCAAAAUCCCUGAGAACUGCCGGUUUUCCCGGUUGGUAGACACCCUGGAAACGCUGGCCGCGAACGCUAUGCACAAAGACAAGCUUUGUGGUUCCUUCUUUUUUUUUUUUUUUUUUAUGGUGUGCAAGAAACCGAGGGGUCCGUGCCGCUCCUACUAAGACAGACCUCAAACGGCAGCUGGAAAACACUACUGCGUUAAAAGGGGUUUUAGUUUGAGUUUCCGCGUAAGAGAAUAUAGUUUUCUUGUAUACUCAAAUUACAAUCCAACGCUAUCAUGUCUGUAAGUUGUGUGAAAGUUGUACUUCACAAUUUUUCUACGUAUUUUACCAUGACAAAUUCAAUUAAGAAACUUCCUUGUGCUACAUAGAGGGCCCGCGUGGCUGGAUAUGCGUGGUUAGAAAUUCAUUUUACCGAAGCGACGUCCGACACUGGACGCAGACACAGCAUUUUCUGCGACACGGGGCCCUUAACGGUACCGGGUUAAAACAUGUGGUUAUACUCUCCUCCCCUACUUCCAGCUAUUAAAGCUUGGCCUCUAGACAGCAACUCUGAUGAGGGCUUCCAGAUAAAGUGUGUUCAGCCUUCUUUACGACGCAUGUUUUGCUUUGACAAGACAGCAGAGUCAUAUUCAUCAUGAACACCCUGCACAUAAGGUCUUCCAUUCAGGACGGGUCAGAGCUAGAAUACAUCCCUACAUUCAGACUGCAAAGCUUUGCAUCAGGUUUAUGGUACUGAACAAAGCACAAAUCAAAUUUUCUCUAUUUGUAUAUCAGUAAAGUAGAAUGUUGUAUGAAAUAUUGUGUCACGAAAUAAGCCUUUGUUCUGGUUUCUAUGGGAUGUUAACAGUAGUGCCUCAAAUAAUAUACAAAAGAAAAUAUAGCAACCAGUGUAUCAUGAACUCAGCGUGUACUUACAGCCUACAGUCAGCGGCAAAUGAAUGUCUGCAACAAACCUUUCACUUAUAGGCAGUUUAUGGCGAGGAGAGUAAAGCUUUAUGACCUCUUAUCAAAUAUUGAGCAAUCUCCAGAGGCAUUCAGUCUGUAACAAAUGAGUCAAUGUCAAUGUGCUUGUUGGAGCUCUUGCGCAUUAAGACACUGUUCACACUGGAAUUUGCCUGUAACAAAACUGGGAUUUAAGACGACGCUUUAGCUUUCUUUCUUACCGAUUCAAAUACAUGUGAAAUGCAAAAUAAAUGCUUUCAUUAGGUAAUCUCUUAUCAGGUUCAAAUAAAAUCUGCCACAUUUAAAAGGGGCAGUUAAAUUCUAGUGACUGCAGGAGCUUAUUUUAUUAAUUUAACCCAUCCAGUGUCAAGAGAUGUUUCAAUUUUGUAAACUGCACCUAGAGCAUCUCAGUGAACAAAUGCUAUGCCAGUUGCUCACAUAAAAAAAUAUUAUUUUAAUUCAGGGCUUUGCUACAAGGCACAAAAAUGAAUAUAAUAUAGAUCCCAUAAAGCUAUGCAGCCCCAUGUGAUACAGGCACUACAAGAAUGUUUUUGUGAAGUCGUCUCACGACACAAGUUUUGCAAAGGUUGCAUGCACAAAUUAUUUAUACAUUUCAGAGCUAUGCGCACGGUUUAAUUUUGACUGCUCUAGGCAUUCUAACAAACACAUUUACAUAAAUGUGACUUCCAUGCCCUUCAGUAACCGGAAAACUUGUACACUUCGUCCUUCAAUUUUCUGAAAUUUUCAGACUUUUGGCAAUGUUCACAAGAAGUUUAAUAUUAAGCAAACAACCUGCUGCCAACAGUCGCUAAAGCUUAGCUUCUACCAUAAAAUUCAACAAACUGAGUUUAAAAUAUCAGUCCAGUGGUGAAGACAAAAGGGCAUCUCUGUGUUUCCCAAUCACUUGAAGACGGAAGCGCCAAGUAAAGAUUCUUCCUAUUCAUACCACCAGUGAAAAACCAAUCAAUGUCAGUCUAAGUUGGCAAAGUGUAAAGAGGGCAGCGGCCUUUACACUUCUGCAACACGGUGUAUGUUGCAGCUCAGGCACGCUUACCGAAAUGCUGCAACUUGAUUGUGCAGCUGUCAACACCAUACACACCACAUAGUAGCAUGGAAACUUCUCAAUCCUGCAGAAAUGCUAGCUCCACAUGAAAUGAACAAAUGUCCGUGUGUGCCUGGCGAGUUUCCAUAACCCCUUAAAGCAUGCAGCAAUUGUACUGAAUGAAAACCAUGCACUCAUGUUAUUGCAUUUUGUUUGUUGACAAGAGCACAGAUUACAGCAAAAGAGCAAAGGCCAGUUGGCCAAUGUCGACUGCUACUUUUGUGCUGUAGAGUGUCAAUCAGCGAAAAAAGUUUACAGGGCACAGGAUUUGAAGAAAAUGAAAUUGAACUUCUGCAAAACCUAGGCACUUAACGUCAACUUCAAAUGUUCAAUGUGUUGUAGUUUCUGCAACCUGCACUGAUCUAUUGAAUUAGAAGCACCAUGCCUUAACAGACCGCAAAUUCACAUUUUUCAUGAGACCCGUGUCUGUAAGCUUUCGUUGCUGACAGUAGGUACACAAGCACAUCAGUGUACCAUACAAAAAUUUGCUGUCAAUGUCUUUAAAAAUAUUCCGCGAAAGUUUCAGGGUUGGUCUUAACUGUUGAGUCUCUACAGCAGGGAUGGAUUUUGGUGGUGACCUUUGGUGUGUAUUUGAAAGUUCACAAACCUUUUACUCCGUCAAAUUGCAAGAUUUCUACAUAAGAAUGAACAUUUAUGUCUUACUCCUACACGAGUUUAUAAAUAGGAAUAAAGGAUGAAAUUUUGCUGUUUCA